CCGCAUAUUUGGCUGCCUUUUUUUUCUUUGUAUUCAUUGAUCUAUAUUUCAUUUCCUUUCUCUUUCGAUAUUGACUUUUUUUUAAUAAUGCAGAAGCUUUUCUGGGUUACUUUUUAUUGGAGUUAACUCUUACAUGUUUUCUAUUAUAAAAAUAAAGCUUUUAUUACGUUGAUGGAACAAGCACUAGGCUUUGGCCAAAGUAGUUGAAGUAAAGACUAGGACAAGCCAAGCGUUUAUUGUUACUAGUUAGGACGGUGUCAAAGGCAUCAUCUUUUGCUCCCUCCUUUGUGACGUGUGGGCGUUAUGGAAUAAAGAAUCUUAUACUUAUUUUCUUCCAUUUAAAUUAAAACUCUGUUGCUAUUCUGUUUUAUGAGAUCAGAAUUCAUCAGAUGUUAUUCUGUCUUCUUUUGUAAGUUUGUAGCAGUUUGUUGAAUCAUGCUUCUUCCGUUGAUUUAACUUUGUAAAUUGCGUGAACAAGUCUAAACCUUUACUGCUUUUUAUACGACUGCAAGUUAACUCUCGCGGAAUCGAUCCAUAAGGAAAAGGCUAGUUAAUGGUAAUUUUGAUGUCAACAGAUCUGACGGAAUAAAAUGAAACCUGGUGGGUGGGUCUUCUGAGGCGUGGUGUCCCAGGCCUCAUCCGUGUAUGUGAUUUUGCAGCACUAUCUUCUGUUCCCCUAAUUUUUUUUUCCAUUGUAGCAUCUAAUAGCAGGUCCAGGCACUUCGCAAUGUUCAUCUCAUUUCAAUGACAUAGCUGCAGCUGUAAUUCACUGCUGAUUCUUGUGAUCCAGGCAUGCAUGCUCUGUUAGCGGCUUGACUUGCAGUUGUUAACUUUGACUGUAACUGUCUGGUUAUUUUUGGGUGGGGAGGAAGUGGAAGCAUAUUUUCUCUGCGAUUUCUUUCACUGCUAAGUUGAAUAGGUUCUUAGAUUCUAGUAUUAGUCACAAUGUUUAGUAGAUGGAGCAAUUCACAUCACAACAAGGAGAAUGAUUCUUUGCAGCAAGAAUCCAAGAUCAAGGAGCUUCAAGCUGCAAUCGGACCACUGUCUGGUCGAAGUUUGAAAUAUUGUACUGAUGCCUGCUUGAGGAGAUACUUGGAGGCAAGAAACUGGAAUGCUGAUAAAUCGAAGAAAAUGCUGGAAGAGACCAUAAAAUGGAGAUCCACCUAUAAGCCUGAGGAAAUACGUUGGCACGAAGUUGCAGUGGAAGGCGAGACUGGAAAAGUAUACAGGGCAAGCUUUCAUGACCGACAUGGUAGAACAGUUCUUAUACUGCGACCAGGAAAGCAGAACACCACAUCGUUGGACAAUCAGCUUCGCCAUUUGGUGUAUCUGAUAGAGAAUGCAAUCCUAAACCUUCCAGAGACCCAAGAACAGAUGGCAUGGUUGAUAGACUUUACUGGGUGGACAUUGAGCACAAGCGUGCCCAUCAAGUCGGCUCACGACACUAUUAAUCUAUUACAAAACCACUACCCCGAGAGGUUGGCUAUAGCAUUUCUCUACAAUCCCCCGAGAAUUUUUGAAGCAUUCUGGAAGAUUGUUAAGUACUUCAUGGAUGCAAAAACCUUCCAAAAGGUGAAGUUUGUGUACCCUAAGAAUACAGAGAGCGUGGAGCUGAUGAGAUCGUAUUUUGACGAGGAAAAUCUACCAACUGAAUUCGGAGGAAAGGCUGUAUUGGAGUACAACCAUGAAGAAUUCUCGAAACAGAUGAGCCAGGAUGAUAUCAAGUCUGCCAAUUUGUGGGGAUUUGAUGAUAAACUCCAAUGUAUCGGCAACAGGCACUCUGGAUCCGACGUUGCUCCAGAGCCAGUCUGCCUUGCACCAUCAGCCAGUUGAUCUACCUGCCUUAUGCCAGUUAUGUAGGAAUAAAAUUCAUAUAUACAUAUGUAUAUUGUCUAUGCGACUGAAAAGUGAGCAGCAGGUAGGAAGCAGUGAAAUGUCCUUUUUGACUAACAAGGGCUACCCCUGCAAGUGAUGCAUGGGGAUUAUUUUCUGUCAUUCCCCCGAUGAUGUACGGUACCUGCCACCGCCUUUACCCUCCUAUAUCUAGUAAAGAGAAACAUGCAUGUGAGAUGCCUACAA